AAGGUAGGGUCAAAUCGGCAAAACAGGGUCAAAUAAGCAAUUGCCAAAAAAAAAAAGGAAAAAGUCCCCUUAGACUCCCUUAAUAGUUCAUUGAAUCUAAUUUGUGACCCUUAACUAGAAAACCGGGUAGGAUGACUCCCUGAAUUAUUAAAACCAGUACAAUUUGACUCCUCCAGCGGUUUUAGAGUGUGGUUUGGCUUAUGUGGCGCUGACGUGGCGGUGCUAACCCGGUUUUCAUUCCACGUGGCGCUUAUGUGGCAUUAAAAUUAAAAAAUUAUUUGUGGGACCCAUCUGUCAUUCAUACACAAGAAUAUAUUAUGGGACCCACCGACAUGUGGGACCCACGUAUCAUCCUUUCUCCUCCCCUUCUUCCUCCUCCCUCUCUCUCCCUCCUCUCUCUUUUCUCUCCCCCUUUUCUCUGAUCUGAUCUCCUUCCCUUAUUCGGUCUCCGCCGGAUCUCCUCCGCCCUCUGCGCCGAGGUCCACGGCCGGCGUCGUCGGGCCCCCUCCGCCGCGUUGCUCCCACGGCGUCCUCGGCUCCGAGCGCAUCGCCUCGUCUCAACGCCGCCAUCGACCCCUCCGCUCCCUGCUCCGCCAUGGCCUGACCAGGCGACCAGCUCCCGUGACGUCCAUGGCCGGAUGACGACGUGCUGCGCUGCUGCCAUAUAUACGAUCGAGGAAGGUUGGAGAGGGGAAUAACAACGCGUUUGUCAGAUUGCUGUACGCGUAAUAUCGGCCGUGUGCCCGUGUCUAUGUCGUCGAGCUGCAAAUGGCGUGGAAUCUCCCCGGUGAUACAAUGUUGCUUUCUAGUUUGACUCGAUCCGGCCAUCUUGUGAAAAGAUGGUGCUGAUUGAUCUGAGAGAAAGACGCCAUUCGCCGGAGACCAGGGGGAUGAGCGCCCGUCGCCGACCGGCGCCCGCCCUGGAGGGCCUCGCCGCCAGAGCCGGGUGUUUGCGCCCGUUGCCGACCGGCCGCCGGCCAUCCUCCGCGAGCCAGGACGGUUCGGGCUCCGCCCCGCUUCCACCACCACCAGAGAUCCACGCCGCGUCGCCGCCGACUCCAUCUGCGCCGCCCGGCCUGCUCUCAUGGAUGCCGCCGCCCGUCGGUCACCACGCACGCCGGUCUCGCCGAGUUGCUGUCGAGGGAGGCCGAAGAGGCGCCCCCGGGAGCCUGCUCUCAUGGAUGCCGCCGCCCGUCGGUCACCACGCUCGCCGAUCUCGCCGAGUUGCUGUCGAGUGAGGCCGAAGAGGCGCCCCCGGGAGAUCAGAUCAGAGAAGGGGGAGAGAAAAGAGAGAGAAGGGAGACAGAGGGAGGAGGAAGAAGGGAAGGAGAAAGGAUGACAUGUGGGCCCCACAUGUCGGUGGGUCCCAUAAUAUUCUUGUGUGUGACAAAUGGGUCCCACAAACAAUUUUUUAAUUCUAAUGACACGAAAGCGCCACGUAGAAUGAAAAUCGGGUUAGCACCGCCACGUCAGCAAAACCGUCCUGUAAAACCGUUGGAGGAGUCAAAUUGCACUAGUUUCAAUAAUUCGGGGAGUCAUCCUAUCCGGUGUUUCAGUUAAUGGUCACCAAUUAGAUUUGGUAAACAAUUAAGGGAGUCUAAGUGGACUUUUUCCAAAAAAAAAAAAAAGAAGGGAACUCCGGGUCGUGUUCAGGCCCAACCCCGUGCGCUUCUUGGGCCCGGAAGGGGAGCAGCCUACAAAACUCGCGCGAGAGGAGAUUCAUCUGCUAGCACAAGAUUCAUCUGCUAGCACACGCACACGUUUGAGAUGAUGGGAGCACCGAUGCCGCGCGGCGGCGGCGGCGGCGGAGAGGCUCGUGUCACCCCCGCCGUCGCCGGCGAGCAGCGGCGCGCGGCGUUGGAGAUGAGGAAGGAGAGGCUGGUGAGGAAGGCGAGCUCGCUCGCGACGCGGUGCGACGUCCCCGUCGCCGUGAUCUGCCCGGGCGUCGGCGCCGGGGGCGAGCCGACGUGGUGGCCGUCGAAGGAGGAGGUCUGGGCGAUCGCCACUCGGUACAAAUCGCUGCCGGAGAAGGAUCGGCGGAAGCACUCCGUGGACAACGCCUCCUACUGCGAGAACCAAGCCGCCGCAAAGCAAGGACCCGGCGGCGGCGGCGGCGAGUUGGCCAUGGCGGCGGCGCAGGUGGACGGCAUCGCCGCCAUGCCCGACGUGGAGCUACUGGAGCUUCUCCGAUCCAUCGACGUCUCCCUGGCCGCCGCGAGCGACACGAUCCAGAAGGCCGCCGACGAGGCUGAACAAAGUGUCUCGCUCGAGCGCGCGCACGCGCACGCUCACGCGGGCGCGCUCAUGGUGGACUCCCAGGAGGAUGCCGCGCCGCCGCCGGCGGCGAGCGGGAACGGCGUCGCGUACGACGGCGAGCACAUCAACUUGGGCGGGUACAUGAUCGAGCACAACCGAUUCGAAGCAAUCUGGCGCGAACACGCGAUCCCUCCUCCACAAAGCCUCCUGCCGGACGACGACGGCGGCGAACCGCUGCGGCUGUGGUCGUUCGACGACGGCGAAACGGUAGUCUUGCCGGACGACGACGGCGGCGAACCGCUGCGGCUGUGGUCGUUCGACGACGGCGAAACGAGAUGGAAAAAGCCGCUGCGAGGAGGGGACGAUCAGAGCUCGCUGGACUUCUGUGUUGAUGAAAUCCUGGAUAAACUGAUGGAUUUUCGAUCGAUACUUUGAUUAGAUAGCAAACCUGGAGAGACUGAUUAGAUAGCAAUCCUGGAGAGACUGGAGGGUUAUACUUUGAUUAGAUAGCAGUGUAAGGAUUAUCUUUUUUGUGAAAUUGAUGUUCAUGAAUUGGAUUAUCUUAUUUGUGAAAUUGAUGUUCAACGAACUAGAACGAGAA